AUGUCCGCAACAGGCUUAGAGUUCAUGGAAGUAAGCGCCAAGGGCAUGCAAGCUUACAGAGCACCAUCGCUUCUUCAGCCACACAAGGCUCGUCGGGCGCUCCAAGAUGCGUAUGAGGGGAGGAUUGGCCCCUUGGUUGGCUUCUACUUAGCCUUCCCUACCGUCCCCUCUGCCAGAAUUGCAGCCCAGUUGGGUGCUGACUUUGUCUGGGUGGAUUGGGAACACUCCUCUUGCGGUGUUGAAACCAUGACCAAUGUUGUCCAUGCGAUUCAGGAAGGCAGUGAAGGAAGAAGCAUGGCAUUUGUGAGGUUAGAGUCCUUCGGCUGCGGGUUCGGCUGCAGAAACAAUAAAAAUUCACAUAUUGACAUUUUUGAAAGAGUGCCAGGUCAUGACCAUGCGAACAUUGCUUUUGCCUUAGAUGCAGGGGCUUCAAUCAUCGUCCCGCAGGUCGAUACCGUCGAGCAAGCCGAGCACGUGGCAUCAGCCGCCAAAUUUGGUGUAGCACGAAAAGGGGCCCGUUCGGCUCCUCCCGCCCGCUGGUUACCCGGCUUGAGCGCCAUGACCAUCGAUGCAUCGCGGUCCAUCUGGGAAAACGUCAACGACCAAGCCGCAGUCAUCAUCCAAAUCGAGUCUGAGCUUGGAGUCAAAAAUCUCGAUGCCAUUCUCACCUCGGUAGGGGACCAGAUCGAUGCCGUCUGGAUUGGCACACUCGACUUACGAGUCAGCAUGGGUUUGGAUGGAAUGUGGGGUGAGGAGCCAGAAUUUCAGAAUGCAAUUCGAUUGUAUGAAGAGACUUUGAGAAAGCAUAACAAGCCUAACUCAGGCCAGUCCUUCAAUGAGAACUGGACCUUGGGGGCCAACAAGUCUUUCACAGUUGUCGCUGGGGAUUGGCUAGCCUUCUUAUCCCAGAGGGACACUAUCCAAAGCGCGAGACAAAACCUGCCAGCUUCGGAUAAGCGACAGAAGAGCGCACCUUUAAAGCAGAAUGGGAAUGGCUUAGACGUUGACGUCAAUACUUCUCAAAGUUGA